AUGGACUUUGCUGAACUCGAUGGCCGAGAAAAGGAACUCAGGCAAAUCGCCAAAUCAUGGUCCAUCGCCAUGAAGGCCUCCAGGGACAGGCUGCAGAAGGUGUAUAAGCUGCGGAUGGACGAGCUGGAUGCUGCUAUCCACGAGGGACGUCUUGUUCUCGAGACGGUCUGUCUGUUUGUCCAUGCAUCGUUGCGGUGCCAGCAGUUUAGCCUACCACCCGAGUUUUGGAGGAUCCUACAGACGGAAUUCGGCAUCAUAGUCUACCCCUCGGCGCUGACGGAGCCGAUUGACACGCAUGGCGUGGGAUCGGAUAUAACGUUUACAGAUGCCUACAGCAGCCAUAUCGGUGCGUUCCGUUCUCCCUGUCGUGGUUCUCGAGACAAUGCGACAUGUGAUACUGACGUUGAUGGUAUAGUCAUGCUGGGUAGAUGCUGCCCGGAUCACCCCCCGCCUUGCCCGUUCGAGUACCUCAGGGAACCGCCGCCACCGUACCAGCGACAGGAGUAG